CUAAGUUACCCAUUUGACGGUACUUUUGCUGCGUUUCGCCUCUGGCUUUUGCCCGCCCACGUGCUCCAAGACUGUUGAGUUGACUUCUGACUUAGCUGCGUGAGUCGCCAACUAGACCAACGUCUUCAGGGGUGUUAAAAUGUGUACACUCAGAUUCUCAUUCACCGACUGUAUCUCCGGUCGUGUUCUGCGUAGAAGCGUUUCCUCUUGGCUAUGAAAUGAAUGUCCCCUCUAUUCCUCUAUGCCCAAUUGUUGAUUCGCAGAGUCUGGCCAAGAAAUUCAUCACGCUGUACGAUCUGACAAAAAUGUACUCUUAUAUAAGAGGUAAAGCUUCUGGACGACGUCAGUUUCAGUACGAGACCGGGCGCGACCUGUGAAGGUUCACUUGAAAAAGCUUCUAGCCAGUAUAGCAACAGUCAGAACAAUGCGAUCAUACAUUAUCCUUUCUCUUCUGGCAUCGCUCGUGGUUGCCACUUCUGCACUUGGAUAUGGACUAUUAGGAGGACUCGGUGGAGGAUACGGCGGUUAUGGUGGCUACGGUGGCCAUGGCGGUUAUGGAGGGUACGGAGGUCCAGGAUAUGGAGGUUAUCAAAAUCCACUGUAUGGAGGAUAUGGUGGAUACGGAGGUUACGGUUAUCCAGGAUACGGUGGAUAUGGAGGUUACCCGAAUAAAUACGGUGGCUACGGAGGAUAUGGAGGAGGAUACGGAGGGGGAUAUGGAGGAGGUUAUGGCGGAGGCUAUGGACCGUAUGGAUACAAACCUUAUUAUUAGAUGUGAAAAUAGUUUGUUGCAAGUAAACAAAAUGUGAUAUUUGUUACUGUUAUUAAAUCCUAAUGCCCAUA